ACGAUUCCCCUGUGGCCUACGCGCUCCUGCCGCAAUGGCGACCACCGCCCCCACCCUCUCUUCUCUCUCGCGCUCCUCUCUCCCCCGCCUUGCGCUGCAUCCUCCCAUGGCCGCCGCCUCCUACUCCUCCUCCGGUUCCGGUGCCAGGGCCUACUGCAGCGGCGAUGCCCUCAGCCUCCAAGUCCAAGAACCGUCGGACGCAUCCCUGUCGUCCCUCGAGAUCAUCGGCGCUCGCCGCGCGAUCCUCUCCCGCUUCGAGAGCCUUCGGCGCCCUUACAAGCCCUUUCCCCUCAUCGGAUGGAACUGUCACGUGGAGACCAUCUUCGCCGCCUUCUUCCGCUCACAACCCGCUGUUCCUCUGCGCCGCGAGUGCCUGCGGACGCGGGACGAUGGGGCAGUAGCACUCGAUUGGGUGGUCGGUGACGAUCGGCAGCUGCCAGCUGAUUCUCCCGUCCUAAUUCUCCUGCCUGGUCUAACAGGAGGAAGUGAUGAUACAUACGUGAGACAUAUGCUUGUACGAGCAAGAAGUAAAGGAUGGCGUGUAGUAGUAUUUAAUAGUCGUGGUUGUGCAAAAAGUCCUGUCACUACCCCUCAGUUUUAUUCGGCUUCUUUUACAGAAGAUCUCUGUCAAGUUGUCAGCCAUGUUUCAACACUCUAUCCCAAGUCAAAAAUAUAUGCUGUUGGUUGGUCUCUUGGAGCAAAUAUUCUUGUUCGCUAUCUUGGUCAGGAAUCUCAAAACUGUCCUCUCUCUGGGGCAGUGUCCUUAUGCAAUCCAUUUAAUUUAGUAAUUGCAGAUGAGGAUUUCCACAAAGGCUUCAAUAAUGUAUAUGAUAAAGCUCUUGCAAGAGCCCUACGAGAAAUCUUCAAAAAGCAUGCACUUCUUUUCGAAGGUCUUGGUGGUGAAUACAAUAUCCUGAUGGCAGCUAAUGCAAGGUCUGUCAGGGAGUUUGAUGAAGGAUUAACACGUGUGUCAUUUGGUUUCAAAUCAGUGGAUGAUUAUUACUUUAACUCAAGCAGUUCAAGUUCAAUUGGAUGUGUCUGCACACCUUUGCUAUGCAUACAGGCAGCUAAUGAUCCAAUUGCACCAUCUAGAGGAAUUCCUCGGGAAGAAAUUAAGGAAAAUCCAAACUGCCUAUUAAUUGUAACUCCACAAGGUGGUCAUCUCGGGUGGGUAGCGGGGGAUGAAACUCCAUUUGGAGCUCCUUGGACUGAUCAUGUGGUUAUGGAAUUUCUGGAAUACGUCAACGAAGAAAAUGUCCAGAAAGCUGAAGCUGGCCAAUUUGAUGAAUUGGAUGCUUCUCAACAAUCUCCAUCUUCUGUAUCUAUACGUGUACAAUGAUUCACACCAUCGUAUUGUUCAAUUUAUUAGUCGUGCCAUUGCACCUAAGCAUUUUGAUUUCUAUUUGAAGUUACUGUGCAAAUGAUCCAAGGGACCUCAUUCGAUCAAACAAUAUUAGGCCCUUAUUUUACUCUUUAUGCAUGAACUAUUUUGUCAGAUUAAAUGGAUGUGUCUCGAUUAUCUCA